AAAGUCAUUAAAGUGGUAAAUUAUGAAAAAAUAAGUCUUAAUUUUUCAAGGUUAAUUACGGUAACUAAAAUUAAUUUAUUUUAAUGGUCUCUAGAGGAGUAAACAAGUUCCAUUGCCAUUGUUAUCAUUUUACUUUUCCCUGAAUAUCUCCUUUUUUUAUCAAUCUAUUUUCAUCUUGUCUAGUGUUCAACAUUCAAUGAUCUUAAUCAUUGAUUUGAGUAUUUCCAGGAAACAUCUUAAUGAGUUUUCAGUGCCAGUAAAAAGGAAAGAGAACUUUAAAUCGUAACUAUGUUCUCCUUUGAUAAUGAUUUGCUUACUAAAUGUGUUAAGCUAGUCUCUGCCACAUGUUUUAUCUACAUUGUUCAUCAUCUGUUGCUCUGGAUAAAAAAUGUUCGCCAAUUACCUUCUGGACCAUGGGGAAUACCAAUUUUUGGAUAUUUACCCUUUCUGAAGCAACCUGUUUACUUGGCAUUUGAUGAGCUUGCCAAAACUCAUGGAUCCGUUUAUUGUGUCAAAUUAGGUAAACAUAAUGUUGUUGUCGUCACUGAUUGGGAUCACAUGAAGGAAGGUUUCGCCAACGAGUGUUUACUUGGUCGUCCACAUGAAACUUUUUUCCCUGGUUUAACAAAUGUCCGAUCAUUUGUUGAGAUGUCUGGACAAUCUUGGCGUGAACAGAGGAAUACGGCGCUUUCCAUUUUUCGCACCGUUGGAUUUGGCAAGAGUCUUAUGGAGGAGUUGAUUAAACAAGAGAUUGACCAAUUGAUGAAUUUUAUUGAACAAGAAUCUGCCGAGCCAAUUGAUUUGGAGGCAACAAUCAUGCCAAGUGUUUCAAACAAUAUUUGUAUUUUACUCUUUGGUCACACAUUUGACUACAAGGACCCCAACAAGAUGAAAUUGGAUGAAAAUUAUCACAUGAUAGUUAAAAAUUUUGCAUUUGCUGGAGUAACUGCUUUUCUUCCUUGGCUGGCAAAUAUAUUGAUCACUUUGGGUAUAUUUGACACAGCGUAUGUUGCUAAAGGUGUUAGAUGGACUUACAAUUAUUUUCAAACAGAGAUUGACGCUCAUGAGAAAAAAUUUGAUGAAAAUGUUAUAGUUGACUAUCUGGAUGGCUAUCUUUUGGAGAGGAAAAAGCGUAAAGACAAAGGUUUGGAUCCUGAAAAGGGUAAUUUCAGCCUUGAAAUAUUGAGAAGAAAUGUGACUGACUUUUUCGGCGCUGGAACUGAGACUGUUACCAGUACAUUGGUUUGGGCAAUGCUAUAUUUAGUGGCCUACCCUGAAAUCCAGGAGAAAAUACGAAAAGAGAUUCAAGAAGUGAUUGGUCACGAAAGGAAGCCGUUAUAUGCAGACCGAAAUGAAAUGCCUUACACAAUGGCCUUUAUCUAUGAAACUCAUCGAGUUUCCUCCGUUAUAGCAGCUAACUUACUUCGUCGUGCUACUGUAGACACUAAAAUAGGUAACUACAAUGUACCUAAAGAAACUGUUGUCAUCUUCAAUAUCUGGUCCAUACAUUAUGAUCCCAAACUUUGGGUUAACCCAACUGAAUUUAAUCCAGAUCGCUUCCUAUCCACCGAGUCAGGAGUAACUAAAGCCAUCAAACCUGCAUAUUUGGUACCCUUUAGUGGCGGUAAGCGAGCCUGUCCAGGUGAAGGACUGGCCAAUGUUGAGCUAUUUUUAUACCUUACAUGUAUUUUACAACGAUUCAAGAUUUCAACCAAGCCUGGCGUCAAGAUAUCCUUUGAUUCCCAUUUUGGACUCUCAAGAAGACCGGCAGAAAUGCCUUUACUCAAAUUUGAAAAGAUUCAAUCUUAACCCGAAGAAAUUUUACCAAAUAUCACCUGAACUGGCCAUUUCAAUCAAAUUGUAUCGAUGCUGAUGAUAUCGAUGAAGCCAGCAGGAUAAAGAAACCGUAAUCUACUCUUUUAACUUGAAAACAAGCAAAGAUAAAUUUUUAUUUACAAUCAACACGGAAAAUUGAAUUUAAAUUUCCUUUUCUAUAAUUUAUACUAUCAAUUUUAUUUACAACUAUUUUAUUAUAAUUGAAAUCAUUGGACGUGUUAAAAUAAAUUGCUAUCUGAUUUUUUUGACUAA